AUGGAAAAAGGGCAUGUGCAAGGGUACUCCCCAGCAUCAAGUGAUCAAACUAAGGGGAGCGAGGGCCUGCAGGUGUGGGGGGGGGGGGGGAGCGAGGGCCUGCAGCAUCACGAGGUCGUUGCAUCUUUAUCCAGUCAACGCCAGAGAAUUAGGUUCUCUGACUCGGUAGUGGAUGGAUCAAUCAUUUUCCCACUUUCUGGUGUUGCCUUUAUUAUAGCAGAAGUUCAAGAUCUCUCCAACAAUUCUGCAGGAAGAAAGUUGACAGAGCAAAUUGAACGGUUUGCCCAUAUUCACCGAAAUAGUUUCCUGCUUCUUGUUGCAGCACUCUUUGGUUCUGAAGAAUGGGACAUACUAUAUAAAUUACAGCAAAGAUUUCUAGGUGGUAAUCUAAGGAUCAUACCAAUACACAAUGUUGGUGAUAUGGUCAAAAGCAUGGUAACCAUUGCCAAGGCGACAUGUAAGCCACACGUGGAUAGUGUUCGUGAUCGCAUUGCCAUGGCCCGAGCUCAGAUUAUAGAAUGCAGUCCUGUCUGGGAGAUGCUUCGCAAACAGCAAAAAUGAAAUGCAGUUUUAUGCACAUAAAACUAGCAACUG